AUGCUUUUUCGUAUACAGAUUGUGAUGCUCUUAUGGGGACUCGGCAUUAACGCAAGAUACCUGCAUCCAGUAUUGCACCUUGAAGGCCUCGACGAUUACUGUGCUCAGCAGAACAUCCAAUGGAUGGUGAUUGUGCAAAAUCACAUGAUGCGAGAGAAGCAACAGGUGAAGAUCCAAGCAGUGAACAACCAUUCUGAUGCUGGUGUGGUGACAAAUGUGUCAUAG